UCGAGCUGGGCAUCACGAAUUCUCUUCAAGUUUUCAAAGAAGUCCUGGAAAGUUUUGAUAAGCAAAUACUUUCUGGGCUCUGCUUCUCUAUUGGCUGUUUCUUCACCGCCAGAUUUUGACACAAAUAAUCUGAUUGAAAAAUCAGGGAGGGAACAGGGGCAAAAAAAAAACAGAAAGAGAGAAAAGGAGAAGUAUCUAUUUCAGCAGACUGCGACUAAGUGAAAAAGUGGAAGAGGAGUCCAGAGAGAAGACGACGUCUUGCUUGUCUGGGGAGAUUUCAAGGCGAAGCCAGUAAAGCAAAGUCCCCCAAACAGGCAGUGAAUGAAAAAUGCCACGUUCUUUUUUGGUGAAGAGCAAAAAGGCUCAUACCUAUCAUCAGCACCGCUUUGUGGAAGAUGACCUGCCUAUACUCAUGUGGGAUCCAAUCACCUCUCCCUUCACUGCCAUAGGAGACAAGACACUGGAGGAUAGCAAGAAACAGGACCUAGAAUGCGUGGUUCCAAAACAAGAAAAGGACCCAUCUGAACUGAAGGAAGAAAGUGUCCCUGUCCAGUACCUGAGCAGGAUGCUGCCAGGCCCUUCAGCUCAAGAGAUGGCCAUCCCAGGUCUGCAGAUCAAAGACUGCAGUAACACGACAAGCACCCCUACCUUCUACAAAACCGGCUUUUCUUGGGAUGCUUUCCAUUUGCCAUACAGCUACCGACAGAUGUCUUCCACCAUACAGUCAGCCCUCUUAGAGCACCCAGUUAGCCUGUACGGAAGCCACCUCCUGCCAAGCACCGAGCCCCCUCUGGAUUACAGCAUGCAUUACUCCUCGGACAUGGAGACCUACCACUGUGUGAAGUGCAACAAGGUAUUCUCUACUCCCCAUGGACUGGAGGUCCAUGUCCGAAGGUCUCACAGUGGGACCCGACCUUUUGCUUGUGAAGUAUGCGGCAAAACCUUUGGACACGCUGUAAGCCUGGAGCAGCACACCAAUAUUCACUCCCAGGAAAGAAGUUUUGAGUGCAAGAUGUGUGGGAAGACAUUCAAACGUUCCUCCACCCUCUCCACUCAUCUGCUGAUCCAUUCAGACACACGGCCCUAUCCCUGCCAAUACUGUGGCAAGCGCUUCCACCAGAAGUCGGAUAUGAAGAAACACACUUACAUCCACACCGGGGAGAAGCCCCACAAAUGCCAGGUAUGUGGCAAAGCCUUCAGCCAGAGCUCCAACCUCAUCACUCACAGCCGCAAGCACACAGGCUUCAAGCCCUUCAGCUGUGAGCUCUGUGCCAAGGGCUUCCAGCGCAAAGUGGAUCUACGGAGGCACCGAGAGACCCAACACAGUCUCAAGUGAUGGAUGGCUCCAGGUCUUUUCUGGAGCUCCCACUGCCAGUGCAUGCUCCAGGGAAGAAGACUGUCCACAGCAUCUCCAUCCAGCGUGUGGCUGCCCACCUCAUAAAGCUCAUAUAGCAUCCUAUGUUCCCCUGGGGACUGGCAAAGUCAUGUUACUGGCUUUGGUGUUCCGGCACUCCAAAGCCUUGCACAUCCCAGUAGGUGACAAAGAAAUCUGUGGGAGCUCUCACUUUUCAAUUACAGCAGGUACCAGCCCAGAUCUGACGUCACCUGCUCAAGUGCAAAUCCAGAGAAAUUCCUCCAAGAUCACCAUUACUCUGGAUUUACACCGUGUGCAGAAUCCAGUUCAUCAUACUGACCAGCAGCGAGGUGGGAACUCCUGGGCUAACGGCAGCAACAAUCUGUGCCAAGCUAGUGCCGUAACCAUGUUCUGCUUUGAUGGUUAGGAAGAUAAGGCUAGGGCAUGCAAAUAGAUUGCAUUCGGUGAGCUGUGUUCAACCUGGACAGGGCUUCUGCAGAGACUUGCCCAGGUUAUAAAUUCUGGCAACAGACACCUAAAGUCAUUUUCUUUCAGCGGAGCAUUUACUGUGAUCAAAUGACAAGUUAACUGUGUUGUAUUUUUAGCUUGGAGUGGGAGGAAAAUACUGAAAAAACAGCUCCUAUCCCUAGCUGAUAGCAGGGGUCUCUAAAUGCAUUCCUCAUACGCACCAUGCUGCAGAGAUCCCUGGGUUAGUGGCAACCAAGCAAGCUCCAGGAAGAGCCAAGUCACAGCGCUAGGCAUAAGCUAACAAGCCCCAUGUCUCAGUACCAUGCGAGAGAGACUGGCUGCUCUUGGAAUCCAGGCUGGUAUGUCCCACAAUAGUUCACUGCAUGCUGGACAUACCAACUUAGAGCUGUCCUGGGCAAUCCUGUGUCACUGUAUGGUCAGGAAUGGCCCUUGGAUAUCAAUGUCAAGGGCCAGAGUUCUGCUUUCCAGCCACUCUUAAAGGAGGAAAUGACCUAGCCUGUACACAUUGGCACAGUACGCAAGUGCCUUACAAAUAUUAUACAGAGAAGUGGUAUUUCCUCCUUCUUCCAGGUCUAGGGCUUGAAGCAAAGCACUGGAACAAGUAAAGAGCCAGUUUCCCUCCAAGCUCUAAGUUCUCACUGUAUAACCUUUGGGAAGUCACUGCACUGGGCUUUUUUCUCCACCCCUCCUGGUGAUGUGGAGUCAUUCACUCAGGUUUGUAGAGUCCCUUGAGUUCUUAACAGGAAGGACAAAGUAUUAUUAUAACAUUAAAAAGACAAGCGCUUUCAGUUAAGCAGGGCAUUGUAGCAGCACACAGCCCCCUCUGUAACUACAUCCCUGAACACAUGGCCUUGGACAACGACACUGGUGGGAAGUAGCCUGGAGAACAGGCUGUGGCACUAGCCAUUUCACUCCAAAUGCUUAUGAAGGAAGGCUGCCAUCACGGGCAAAGAAGAAACGGUCCAAGUGGAGAAUUCAUUUACUGCCAGGAGAGAAGAGGUCUGUCCUACCCUCAGUUAUACUGCUGUAAAUCCAAAGCCAUUUUUCUAAGACCUAAAAUGUACUUGCCCCUGUUUUAUGCUGUGCCUAAGCUGUUAGUUAUUAAUAUGCAUUCUGGAAGCUCAAAACAGAGUCUGUAUUCCUGGCUUUACUUGUACACUGUAAAUAUGUAUUUAUACUUAUUCUAAUGUAUAUUUUUAUUGCACUAUACCAGACAGUGACAACAUGUACAGGCCUGCUGGGAUUUAUCUGAUAAAUCUGUUCCCUCUUGGUAA